CUCCGACGCUCCGUCCUUUUCUUGCCGCUCUCGGCGGGCUGGGUUCCACAUCGCAGUCUGAGAGGCUCGAUUGGGAUCUGGGGUCCGGAGCAGGCAGGAUGGUGCCCUGACCCGACUUCAAAAGAAGUUACGGAAUGGAUAAAUUAAAAAUGGGCGAAUACCAUGAUUUGUUGACUCAAUCCCUUUUUGCAACAAAGCACGUUCAGGACUGUGCAAUCAUAGAACUGAAAAAUCUCUCUGUGAUAACAACCUCCAAAGGAUUCAAAUUGGAUGCAGAGGAAACUCAAGCCUUCUUGAAUGCUUUCAAGCAGCCAGACAUCAUUCGAGUAUAUGGCCUCUUCUUCAGGAAUGUAAACUACACAUGUGUCAGAGCAGAUAAGGAUUCAAUAUACAGUAAAUAUAAUGAAGAGGGCCUUAUAUUAGUAAAGACUGGAAUGUACAUAAUCUGUGCCACUUACACAAAGGGGAUGUAUCCAAGUGUAUGUGUUGAGGCAGUGGAGAAGUUAAGUGACUACUUCAAAACAAAGGGUAAAUGAAAGGAUCAAAACUGGGUGUAUGGUGAUAUACAUGGAUCCUAAAGCACACUGAAAAAGGGAAAACAACUUGGUAAAUCAUGCUUAGAUUUUCUAAAGCCCAGACACAUCAUAGGCUUUGCUCCAUCUACCUCUCUAUCAGAAGCAAAGUCAAUAUUUCAUAGAAAGCAUGAAAUAUUUCAUAGCAUGCUUUAUAUUAUUGUAGAAAAUCUUUUACUUGUAGAAAUAAAUUCAAAUACUGUUUAUAGUUUACAAGUCCUAUUCCUUCUCACCACUGACCAAAUGUAACCUUUGAGUCAG